GGGGAGACGGGCAUCAGGGGGCAGGGCGGGCUUCCUGUCGCUACGCUUGGCCUCUAUCCGCAACGCAUCUUCUUCUUCCUCCUCUUCCAUGUCCUCUUCCUCUUUAUUAUGCAAGAACAAACGGAGGGAGACGGAGGAGAGGUAGAUGAUACUAGGAUUCUUGCGAAAUUCCUUUUUCAGAGAUUAAUUCCCUGUAGCGCGAAAGACGUGUGGAAGAAACAGAGCCGAACCAGCGUGCAGGAGCAGAGGAGGAGGAAUGACCUCGCCGGCGGGGCCGAGCAGCAUGGGCAUGAACACGGUGACCACGGUGAUGGCCUUCUCCGUCAGCGCCUUCUUCGUGCUCUUCGUCUUCACCAGGCUCUUCUGCGCGCGCAUCCACCUCAGGGCCGCCGCGGCGGAGCACGCCGCUGCCGCCCAGGCCAGCGACGCCGCCUCCUUCCCGGCCAUUCACGUGGAGCGCGGCAUCCGUGGGAUGGAGCCGUCCGUGGUGACCACCUUCCCGACGGCCAAGUUCGGGACCGGCGACGACUCGCAGCGGCCGCCAGCUCAGGAGGAGUCACAGUGCACGGUGUGCCUGGAGGAGUACGAGGCCAAGGACGUGGUGCGCGUGCUGCCCUACUGCGGCCACGCCUUCCACGCCGCCUGCAUCGACACCUGGCUCAGGCAGCACCCCACCUGCCCCAUCUGCCGCUCCACCACCAAGCACCGCGCCGCCGCCGGGACAAUGCCGCCCGUGUACUACGCCGUCGCCAUGGCCGCGCCGCCGUUCCAGGCGCCGACAUCUUCGUCAGACCAGAGCGCGCUGCAGCAAGCAGACGCAGCCACGGCGGCGGCGGCGGGCGCGGAGCACAUGGACGUAACGUCCACCCGUCUGGAGCUGGAGAUCGUUAUUUCCGACGAGUCGGCCUCCUCCGGCGCCACCUGUCCGAUGGCGACCCUUGCUCCGCCAUUCCAGGUCCCGACGUCUUCGUCGGACCACGACGCGCUGCGCGAAGCAAACGCAGCCGCGGCGGUGGGCACAGACCAUAUGGACGUCAUGUCUACCCGUUUGGAGAUCGUUAUUUCCGACGAGCCGGCCUACUCCGACGCUCCCUGUCAGAGCGCGGCCCCUGCUCCGUCUGCCAGCGAGGAGGACCCUUGUGCCGAGACGAGGAGGCAGAGCUCGCAGGGCAAUGGAACGGAGCAUUGCCAGUGUUGACGCGUUACGUGCACACGAGUAGUUCAGUGAGAUUUCCCUCAAAAAACAAAAAAGUUCAGUGAGAUUAGAUUGUGUUCAGGCUGUUGUAUGGGACUGCGCGAUACAAAUAAUCUUGGGAAUUAAGAGUUACUAUUAGAAUGUCCAUGCGUUGCCAUGGGCCAUGGAUAUAUGUAUGCUGGUUGCAUAUAUACUUC